CUGAAUCAUCAUAUUUGUCUUCCAGGAAAUAUCCAUUGCAUCCCUCUGGUUACAGAUAACUAGGCAUGAAAUAUUUAAGAUAAGCGGUUGCUACUUUUAAUUUGGUUAUGGACAUCCAUUUCUUCAAUUUUGUCCACUAAACCUGCAGAUUCAUUCACGGGCAUUUGCCAAGCAUCUUCCAGGAAAUUGUCGGCUAUAAUUUAUACAAGUUCUCUCUCCUCUUCUCCUUGGCCGACUCACUUUUUAUCAUUUCACAGAAUAAGCCUUGCAAUUGAAUUGAUUGCUGCUGUUUCUAAUUUUCUUGGCCUGUCUGAUUUGGCUGUCAAUUAGGGUCCAUUUUAUGCAAUUUCUUCAGUGAAACCAGGAGAUUCAUUCACGGGCAUUUGCCAAACAUCUUCUAGGAAAUUUUUGGCUAUAAUUUGUACAAGUUCUCUCUCCUCUUCUCCUUGGCCGACUCACUUUUUGUUAUCUCACAGAAUUAGCCUUGCAAUUGAAUUGAUUGCUGUUGUUUCUAAUUUUCUUGGCCUGUCUGAUUUGGCUAUCAAUUAGGGUCCACUUUCUGCAAUUUCUUCAGUGAAACCAGGAGGUGUACCAUUUAGAUCUUCGAUUUCAGUUGAGUUAUAAUAUCUUUGAUAUUGAUCCCAAGAUGUUGACUUUAAAUUUAAUUUAUUCAUUCACGGGCAUUUGCCAAGCAUCUUCCAGGAAAUUUCUAGCUAUAAUUUGUACAAGUUCUCUCUCCUCUUCUCCUUGGCCAACUCACUUUCUAUCAUCUCACAGAAUUAGCCUUGCAAUUGAAUUGAUUGCUGCUGUUUCUAAUUUUCUUGGCCUGUCUCAUUUGGCUGUCAAUUAGGGUCCAUUUUCUGCAAUUUCUUCAGUGAAACCAGGAGAUUCAUUCACGGGCAUUUGCCAAACAUCUUCUAGGAAAUUUCUGGCUAUAAUUUGUACAAGUUCUCUCUCCUCUUCUCCUUGGCCGACUCACUUUUUAUCAUCUCACAGAAUUAGCCUUGCAGUUAAACUUAUUUGCUACUAUUGCUAAUUUUCUUGGCCUGCCUGAUUUAGCUAUCAGUUAGGGUAUUUUCUACAAUUUCUUCAGUGAAGCCUGAAGGAAAUAUGCAUCACAUCCCUCUAGUUAUAAAUAACUAGAGUUGUGAUUGGCUGCUACUUUUAAUGGACAUACGUUUCUUCAAUUCCAUAUACUAAACUCGCAGAUUCAUUUCAUUGGCAUUUUCUAGGCAUCUUCUAGGAAAUUUCCAGCUAUAAUUUGGACAAGUUCCCUCCUCUUCUGCUUAGCCGGCUACAAUUUUUAUCAAAUUGCAAAAUUAGCUUUGCAAUUGAAUUGAUUUGCUGCUACGUCUAAUUCUCUUGGCCUUGCUGAUUUGGUUAUCAUUAUCCAUUUUCUGCAAUUUCUUUGGUGAAACAUACAGGUAU